AUGCCUCCUAAAAAGAGCACAUCUACUGCGCCGAAGAAGUCAGCUGCGAAGACUUCGACGGAAACAAAGACCACUGGUCGACCUAAGAGGAGCGUCACAGAGACCACCAAAACCACUGUGAAGGAAACCAAGUCGCGCAAAAUGUCCACUGCUACGACUAAGACGACAUCUGCGACCAAGAAGCGCAAGGCCGAUGAGGAGGAGGAGCCUAGCGAAACAAAAAAGCCUCGCGUCACGCAACCCCGUCAACUGAAGACGACGAGAGCAGCGAAGCCCAAGUCUAAGGUUGUCAUCAAUGAGGCACCAAAAACCAAAUUAAACGUGUUUGUUUGUGGUGAGGGAAGCUCCGGAGAACUUGGUUUGGGUGCGGCAAAGAACGUUAUCGAUGUCAAGCGCCCACGUUUGAAUAAGCUUCUCAGUGCGGAGGAAGUUGGUGUCGUGCAGGUCGCUGUUGGCGGUAUGCACUGCCUCGCUCUCACUCAUGACAACAAGAUCUUAAGCUGGGGCGUGAACGAUCAGGGAGCUUUGGGAAGAGACACCACAUGGGAUGGCGGCUACAAGGACAUGAAUGCCAACGACUCUGAUUCAGAGGAUGAUGACAGUGGCCUGAAUCCCCACGAGUCCACACCCACUGCGAUUCCCGCUAGCGCAUUCCCCGAAGGCACUAUUUUUGUCGAAGUCGCUACUGGUGAUAGCUCUAGUUUUGCCUUGACUGAUGACGGUCUGGUCUACGGCUGGGGUACCUUCCGAAGCAACGAUGGAAUUCUCGGAUUUGACGCGACUCACCACGUUCAGAUGACCCCCCUCCAUAUCUCGUCUUUGAAGAAGAUCACGCACUUGAGCUGCGGCGCCAACCACGUACUAGCCCUUGGCGACCAAGGUCGCGUGUUCUCCUGGGGCUCAGGCCAACAGAACCAGCUGGGUCGUCGAAUUAUUGAACGUAAUAGACUCAAUGGUCUGCAGCCUCGCGAGUUCGGCUUGCCCAAGAACAUUGUUCACAUCGGUAGUGGCUGCUACCACUCGUUCGCCGUUCACACAUCUGGCAAGGUUUUCGCCUGGGGACUGAACAGCUUUGGCGCAACAGCUAUCCGCGAGGGUGCCGGUGAUUCCGAGGCUGCCAUCGUGCAUCCCACCCUCGUUGAAUCGCUUUCGGGAAGAAAUGUCACUCAGAUUUGCGGUGGCUCUCACCACUCCCUUGCCAGAACAGCUGAUGGCGAAUGUUUGGUAUGGGGCCGUCUGGACGGCUUUCAAAGCGGUAUCAAGGUCGAUACACUCUCCACCGAGUCCACUAUCAAGGAUGAACGUGAUCAUCCUCGCAUCCUGAUUGAGCCUACUCCUAUCCCCGGCAUUAAGGCCAAGAGUGUUGCCGCGAACUCCGAUCACUCAAUUGCGAUUGAUACCGAGGGCCGUGCGUGGUCAUGGGGCUUCUCAGCCACCUAUGCCACCGGCCAAGGAACCCAAGAUGACAUUGAGGUGGCCACAAUCAUUGACAACACUGCUGUUCGUGGCAAGCAGCUGAACUGGGCGGGUGCCGGCGGUCAAUUCUCUGUUUUUACAGAGGCUGCUAGCACCUAA